AUGAGGAUUCCUCCUACUUCUUUCUUAAGUAGACCUGCUACUACGAUGGAUGUGGAAAGAGCUUAUAAACGAGUUCAGUUUAUGGUCAAUUCGGCUGGAUUGAGAAAAGAUAUUUAUCUUAAUAAACGGUAUGAGAAACCUUAUUUGAAACGUCGUAGAUUGAAAAGUGAAAGACAUCGGAUGAAAUUCGCUAUUGAAGUACAACGUAGAGUUCAACUGAUUAGUGUUAUGAAACUAAAAGGCAUGUAA